AUGGACUUUCUCAAAUCCGCCGUCGCGUCUGCAAUUGCCAAAGGGAGCUCAUUCCCUUACUCUCUUGGAGACCGAGUCGACAUCGACGAUUCGAUCUGGACACUUCACAAUGCUACAAAACGGGAAGACGGAUCGUCCUGCAGCAUAUUCACCUUCGAUAUAGCCUCGAACAAAUCCCGUUUACCACUUGCGAAGAACGCCGUUCGAAAGUCGCGGACUCUUAGACACCCGGGGGUAAUCAAAGUAUUGGACACUAUUGAGACGGAGGCCAAUAUAUAUAUCGUGACCGAACGGGUGGCUCCCCUCUCUUGGAAUGUGAGGCGGAGGAGUCUGAAUGAGGAAACAGCAAAAUGGGGACUGUAUACGGUAGCGUCCACGCUCAAGUUUAUCAACGAAGAUGCCGCGUCUGUCCAUGGUGUUGUGAGAGCAUCAUCGGUAUUUACAAGUGAAAGUGGCGAAUGGAAACUUGGGGGCUUUGAAGUGCUGAGUUCAAUGAAUGAUGAGAAUGCAGUUAUAUACACAUACGGCAGUAUUGUACCCGAUUCUGCACGAUUUACUCCCCCCGAGGUACUAAACGGUGGCUGGGACACCAUCAAGCGCCAUCCACUAUCAGCGAUCGAUGCCUACGGACUUGGGAUUUUAAUCAUCGAGGUCUUCAACGGCAGCUUCUCCGGAGGAAAUCAGGUUGGCAAAACAACUAAUAUACCACCGAGCAUGCAGCAGAGCUACAAGCGCCUCUGUACAGCCAAUCCUAAAAUUCGUCUCAGCCCCGCGCAUUUCGUAGAACAAGGAAAGAAAAACGGCGGCUUCUUCAAUACACCAUUGAUCCGAUUGACGGAUGACAUCGACAGUCUCGGCCUCAAGAACGAGGCUGAGCGAGAAGAAUUCAUCAACGAACUAGAUGACCUUUCCGAGGAUUUCCCUGAGGAUUACUUCAAGAUGAAGGUGCUUCCAGAGUUGUUAAAAUCGGUCGAAUUUGGUGGUGGUGGUCCUAAAGUGCUCGGGGCUAUCUUGAAGAUCGGGGCCAAACUGACCCAGGAGGAGUACAACUCCAAGCUAACACCUGUAGUUGUUCGCUUGUUCGGAAAUCCCGAUCGAGCAUUGAGGGUUUGCUUGCUGGAUAACCUGCCUUUGAUGAUUGACAACCUCACACAAAAGGUCGUCAAUGACCGCAUCUUCCCUCAAAUGACCUCUGGAUUUACCGAUGUCGCACCUGUUGUUCGAGAACAAACAGUGAAGGCUGUGCUGGUAGUCAUAGGCAAAUUGAAUGACCGGACCAUCAACGGAGAACUGCUCAAGUUCCUGGCACGAACCGCUAACGACGAGCAACCGGGAAUUCGCACAAAUACAACCAUUUGCUUGGGCAAGAUUGCCAAGAAUCUUGGGCAAGGCUCACGAUCCAAGGUUCUUGUCGCGGCCUUUUCGAGAUCGGUCCGAGAUCCAUUUGUUCACGCACGUAAUGCCGGGUUGCUUGCUUUGAGCGCAACGAUCGAAUUCUUUACUGAAGAGGAUUGCGCAGUCAGGGUGAUUCCCGCCAUCUGCCCAGCGCUUCUUGAUAAAGAAAAGAUGGUCCGGGACCAAGCGAACAAGGCACUCGAUCUUUAUCUCCAACGUAUUCGAAAAUUCAGCAGCACUAUGGCCGACACGGCUUUACCAUCUUCAAGCGCCCAGGACAGCACCGGGGAUGCCCGGAUUGGAACAUCAAACGAUAACUCUUGGGCGGGAUGGGCAAUCUCCUCGUUCACUAAUAAAAUUACAACGGCUAAUGGAGAAAUUCAAUCGACUUCCAAUGGCACCAAGCCAGUCGAGGCAGAGGCCGCACGCUCUGCAUCUGUUCCUCGCCCAGUCAAGUCGUCCCCGUCAACACAGUUGGAUUUGCCAAAACAGACUUUGCGACCUACACCUCAGCCCCUCAAUCGCUCAUUAUCUGACCGACCCGCCCCUGCGCCUAAAGAACCGGCGGACGAUUUUGCAGACGAUGCUUUUGAUGCCUGGGGCGAAAUGGACGAUGAAGACGAAGACGACCCUUUUAGCGCUGCGACAAGCACAAAACCUUCCACUGAUCUCGCUCCGGCAUCUAAACCGGCUCAAGCUCCAUAUGAUGACGGCGGUGAACCCGAUUUCGCUGGGUGGCUAGCUGCCCAAUCCAAGGCUAAGGCAAAGAAGCCAUUGCCAAAAGGGUUGAGCAAGACUCCUAGCACCACCAGCGCCGCUUCUCGAACUGUAGGGGCUGCCAGCACGAGCAAACCGAAGACUGUUGUAGCGCCGGCCAAAAAGAUCGAUACAAAACCCAAGGAUGAGGAUGAGGAUGAUGGAUGGGGAGAUGCUUGGGAUUAA